AUGCCGCUGAACCCGUCAGCCAUCCCGCCUCAGUCAGGCGAAGUUAACUCUUUGUUAGACCCGAAUCUCCGCGGGCAGCCAACAUCCAUGGGAUACGUUGGGAAUACCAUGGGAACGUACCAAUUCAAUGCGUCGCCUCCCUAUGGCAGCAAUCCCGCAUCGUCAAAUGUCGUUUAUACGACAAAUGACACAGUGUCAAUGCAGCAAUUUCCGCACAACCGAUCCUUGUAUCACAGUGCGGAUCGCUUCAACUUGGACCCUAACUAUGAUCCGGCCUCUUUUGCUCCCUCAGAGAACCCCAUGGCCGCCUUCCAACAUCAUUAUCCUGGUGCGGUCAAUUUUCAGGAGUCUGAUAUGGCUUUCGCUUUAGCAUACGAAGACCCGGCGACUGCGCAGUCGCAAUCCCUGGAUAUGUUAUUCUCCAAUUCCACAUAUGCUCCCCUUCCGCAGUCGUCAAUGCAGCCCACCUCUGCAGCUGGGCAGCUACGAUCAUCAUCACUAGGUGGUCCGCAACAGGACUGGGCGGACAUGUCAAAUUUCAAUAUAUCACUAUCUGGACCAAAUCCACAUGGCGUAUCUCCAGCUGGAGUUCAUCCGACAGAGGAUUCACUAGUCGCUUUACCACAGAGCACGGGUAGCGCUAGAUCUCAGUCCAUCUCAUCCUACCUACCACCACAUACUUCUCCGAUGACAUCCACUCCACCCACUUCCCGUAAUCCGUUUAUUCCGCGUGAGAUUGCGGCGUCAACUAUACCCAGACCUGGGGCAGGCAAAGUCGCAUCUCAGUAUCUGAAUGCCUACUCAAGCAGUGGAUUUGAUAUGUUCGGAAUUCUGGCAAAAAUUGCAAAUCGACCAAAUCCAGAAAUAGAUAUCGGUGCUGUCGACAUGUCGUGUGCAUUUAUACUUUGUGACGUUACUUCUCAUGACGACCCUAUCGUCUAUGUUUCUGAUGCCUUCGAGCGGUUGACCGGCUACACAAAGCAUGAGAUUCUUGGGAGGAAUUGUCGUUUCUUACAAUCUCCUGACGGCAAAGUUGACCCAGGAACGAAAAGGAAAUAUGUAGACGACCAGACAGUUUAUCGACUAAAAGAAAAGAUUCAAUGCCGAACAGAGGUUCAAGUCAGCAUGCUCAACUAUAGAAAAGGUGGCCAGUCAUUUGUGAACCUUUUGACCAUGAUACCAAUACAGUGGGAUACGAGCGAUUACAAGUUUUAUGUUGGCUUUCAAGUUGAUCUGGUCGAACGGCCCAACGCGGUUACUAAGCGAAAUACUGAUGGCUCCUAUACGAUUAACUACCAACGAGAUCAGCUUUCUCGGUACGUCUUACAUGCGCCUGAAACACGUAAGGCCCAGCCUAGGUUGUCAAACAAUAUCAGUCAUGACGAAGCUACUUCCGCCCUGAGAACAAUUGGCGCGGGAGCCAGGAAUAACCGAUUUUUAGAUCGCGUUUUACUCGAAAAUGCCGACGAUUCUAGCUCUAGGCUUCUUGAAUAUGAUCCAAGCGAGCUUGUGGGAAGAUCAAUAUCAUCUGUCUGCCAUCCCAGUGACAUUGCACCGGUCACCCGUGAACUGAAGCAGAGCACAGCUGGAUCACCUGUCAGCGUGGUAUACCGGUUCCGGCGUAAGAACAGCGGCUAUAUCUGGAUUGAAAGCUAUGGGUCACUACACAUCGAACCCGGGAAAGGACGCAAGUGUUUGAUACUCGUCGGUCGUCAGCGCCCUGUAUAUGCUUUAGAUCGAUCUGGUAUCGUUGAAUCGGGAGGGAUAGGAGAGAAUGAUCUGUGGACGAAAAUGUCUUUGUCGGGAAUGUUUCUAUUUGUGUCUUCUAAUGCGCGUGCCCUCCUCGAUAGGACGCCAGCUGAAAUGGUAGGAAAAGGCAUACAAGACUUCAUGCGAACUGACUCACGCGGUGAGUUGGGUAAAGCCUUGGAACUCGCCCGUACUGGACGUCAAGCCACAUUCAAGCAUGAAGUCAGACACAAGCGUGGCCAUGUUUUACAGGCACAGACAACAUUGUUUCCAGGAGACGCAAACCCUGGAAGUAAACCUUCCUUUCUCAUUGCUCGGAUUUAUCUUCUGAAAAACUCGCGCUCAACUUACAUCCAAAAACGUAAUAGCCCGGCUGUCGUGUCAUCCUCUGCCUCUACGACCGACAUACCUAGCUCUGUGGCCGUCGCAUCGACAGCUUCACUUAUUUCCCUACCCGAGCAAAACCAAAUAACCGCACCAACGGAGGCGGGCUCGCACGGGCUGCCUUUGGGCACUCAAGACGAAGCCCUUCUGUCAGUCAACAACAUAUUUGAGGAACUGAAGACAGUUCGAAGCUCUAGCUGGCAAUUUGAACUGAGACAACUCGAGAGAAAUAACCGCUUACUCGCCGAGGAGCUACAGAGUCUACUGAGCCGUCGCAAGAAGCGUAAGAGGAAGAAAGGGACGGGCCCAUUAGAGAAAUCGUGUGCAACCUGCGGGACGCGAAAUACACCUGAAUGGAGGCGUGGACCAAGCGGGCAUCGUGAUCUAUGCAACAGUUGCGGAUUACGAUGGGCUAAGCAAAACGGCCGCAUAUCACCCAAAAAACUGACCGAUCAAAACGAUAAGAAUUCAAGUUCUGGAUCGGCGAAAGCCUCGCCGGGAAGUGCGACUGACGAGAGACCACAGGAUAAAUAA